UUUGAUGCGGUAUGGGAAAAUGAUAAGUACUUUUGAAGCAUUCUUGUGACGCAACGCCAAAUAUUUCACUAUCGCCACAGAAGAUAUUUUGAUUUCACUUUAGUGUAAAUCAGUUAGGCGCUCUACUGAAAAAUUUAAUAACUUACAAAUAACAACAUAACGCUUUCGCUUUAUUUUUUUCUUUUUUGCCAUUCCUUAAUAUUUAUCUGAACGCUCAAAACGCCUCGUAAGACAUUCUAUUUGGGUUUAAGAUAAUAACGCUCUGGACAAAGGGAAAUAUCGAGGUCGUGAACGUGAUUGUCGGGAGUGCUUAGUGGAAUGCAUCCAAAAUGUCUACUUCUUUUUUUAUGUCAGUCAUUACCCUGAAGCUUAUUAAUUGUUGAAUAUACAACAAUAAAUAUGUCAGAAAUUUGUUUAAUAUGUUUAAAAACAACAUCUGAAUUAUUUAAAGUGGGAAAUGGUGAAUGUGACAAUAAAGAUAUUUUACAAAAGUUGAUGGAAUGCGUACCAGAACUGGAUUGGAAUUGUACAUUUCAAGUAUGUUCUUAUUGCUGUCAACGUUUAUAUGAUGUACAUUCAUUUAAAUCACUAUGUAUUAACUCAUACAAUUGGUAUUGGUCCUUAAAGACGAUAGGUGUUAAAGAAGAAGCUGUGGUAAAAAAUGAGAACACAGACUGUAAAGAACUAAUACAAGAAACUUUAAUUGAAGAAGAAUCGUUGGAGAACAAUAUAUUAUCGGAUAACGAUGGUCGUAAUGAUAGUGAUAGUAACUCGGAUACGGAUUUUAAAGAACCUCUAGUUGAAAAAACGAAGAAAACGAAAAAAGAGAAAAAAUCGGAAAGUACGAGGGUACCGUGUCACAUAUGCGGCAAACAGUAUGCUUCAAAGUAUGUUUUGAAAAAGCAUAUUAUUAUAUGCGAAAUGAAACAUGACAAUGGUAAUUCUGUCGGUAGUGAUAAAGAAGAACAAAAAACAGCCCCUUCUUGUUUGGAAUGCGGAAUAACUUUUAAAAAUAAAUAUAUGCAAAAAAGACAUUUUGAUAAUGUACAUAAUAUUAAAGAUAGGAAAUUCAUUUGUGAAAUAUGUAAUAGGAGUUUCGCCACCAAGGUUUACCUCGAAGCACAUAAAAGAUAUCAUUCAGGAGAUCGGCCGCACGUUUGUUCGUUUUGCGGUAAAGGUUAUAUAACCGCAAGUGAUUUGUACCACCACGAAAAGAUCCACGCCAACAAACGUAAUUACCGUUGCGAAAUAUGCCCGAAAGCCUUCAAUACCUCAUCAGAUUUAUACAAACACAAGAUGUGCGUCCACAUGGAUCCCUCCCAAUGGAAAUACACCUGUGAAGUGUGUGAAAAAAAAUUUCCUUUGAAAAUAAACCUCGAUAGCCAUACGAAAACCCACACAGGCGAAAGGAACUUUCCGUGCAAUUUCUGUGAUAGGAAAUGUAUUAAUAUGUCAGUAUUAAAGCGACACAUCAUCACUCAUUCGCGUAUAAAUCCUUUCAGGUGCGAGAUAUGCGAUCAGGGUUACAAAUUUCAAAAAUCUCUCGAUAUACACAAAUCGAAAGCACACGGUAUCGGUGACGUUAAAAUUAAACCGGUGGUGAAAAAAUUUCAGUGUCCUUUGUGCGUUAAAGCCUAUACGGCAAACAAUAAGUUGCAAAAACAUUUGAGGGCCCACGUCGGGGAAAAACCCUUCAAAUGUCCAGAGUGUCAUAAGGGAUUUUCCGAUAAAAGCUAUAUUAAAUUACAUUUGAAAACUUUACAUAAUAUACCUAGUGAUGAGAAAAUAUCGAAUAUAUCGUUAUACGCACAAUAGAUUGUGAAGAAGAAGAUUUCAGGGCUAUCAUGUAAUUCCAUCUCUCGAUUACAACGCCGACCUGGCGGCCACAGAGUGAAGUAAUUCAGCGUCCUGAACGGUUUCACAUACUCUUAAACUUUCCUUCACGGUCCUUGUUCGAUGUCGGUCUCAUGGUCAUAUUUAGCCUUAGAUGGAGUUUACUACCCACUUAGGGCUGCAUUUUCGAGCAAUUCAACUCUCAGGAGAGAUCCUCACGCAAUCGACAACGGUCAUUACGGGUUCAGCGCCCUCUAUAGGCUGUGGCCCCAUUCAUGAAAGACUUGGAUGAACCCACCCCGCUAUUCUCGUUGCCGGACCUGUAUGUAAGACUGUGCUCCAGUCAAAAUUGUAUUACGUGACCUCAUUUAACGUUCU